AUGGAGCCUAUCUUUUCUGCUGUUACCAACGACACCUAUCAUCUCUACACUCUUCUACGUUGUAUCGGAUUCGCUGAAAAGGCUCGCAUACAAAUAACGCCCGAUGGGAUCCGAUUUUCUGUAGAGGAAAGCCGAGUGAUGCAGGGGCUCGUGUUCCUCGACCGUACCCUGUUCACCACUUAUACGUUCAACUCUACUCCUCAAGAUCGCAACAGUCAUGCUUUAGAUGAUGAGGAACCUGCUGGAGACGUCUAUCCUCAGUUCCUGAUCUCACUUACAGCUCUCCUGGAAACUCUUCAGAUUUUCGGCAUCGGUGACGCUAGUCAAGCAUCUUUCCCUUCAAAUGGCUCUAUACAGAACACUCCCGCCGGUGCUUUCACUAGUCCAGCUUUGUUACUUGGCCGCACUUGUGCCUUGCGAUACUCAAGCAUUGGCAGCCCACUCUGCAUCACACUUUCUGAAUCCGGUAUCACUACAACUUGCGAACUCACUACCUACGAAUCAGACGAUCCCUCAUUUGGGUCUGAAGCUGGUGAAGUGGACAUACCGCUGCAACGUGACGCCAUUAUCAUGAAAAUCAUCAUGCGAUCCGCAUGGUUAUACAACGCUAUCAAUGAAUUGGACGCCACAAACCCGACUGUUCUCACAAUUUCAGCCUCUUCAAAAAAUGCACCUUUUCUCACACUAUCCGGCUCUGGGGGAGCUUUCAGCGAGUCCAGCGUCAAAUUCUCGACAGAUAAGGAGAACGUGGGAAGCGAAGUCAAUUACAAAACUUUGGAAGACAACGAACCACCCAAACGAGGUAAAAUUGCUCCAGCAGUGACCGAAACCUUCCAAGUAAACCCUCCGUCCUCCAUGGGAUCUACAGUGAAGGAGAACUAUCGCUUUGCUCUCGUUCGUAAAGCAUCCCGGGCUAUGGCUGCUGCGAGUAAAGUAAGUAUACGAGGGGAUAUCCAAGGUGUACUGAGUUUGCAAUUCAUGAUUGAGCUGGGUGGUGGAAGCAACGAGGGUGAUGCCGGUCUUACAAGAGGAGGGAAUGCCAGGCAUCAAGAUGAGGAUCAAGAAGAUGGUGAUGAUGUAAAUUCAGAGGGUUGGUAG